AUGCAGGCACCUAAGCAGAUCAACACCGGCUUCGGCUCGUGCCUUGCUCCCAUCGACCUCGAGGCUGCGCACCUCGCAGCUGAGCGCCUUCACCACCUCUCGAUCAACCCUCCCCUUCCUCAGUACCCUGCUGGCUCGUCCAACGGCUCUGGGUUUCACCGCAGCAACUUCACCAUGCCUCUUGCCUACCCUCGCUCCACCUACUCCGAGCCUCUCGCCGGCGGCGAGUCGCUUUCAGAACUGUUGCCAGGGACUCACGCCGUCCUUUCGCAGAACGCCCGCGCUGUUGAUGCUUGCCACUUUGUCCCCGUCAAGGUCGAGCCCACACCGGGUCUUUACACGCCUUUCGUUCGCGGCGGCACUGACCCUAAGCAGCUCCGUAAGCGCCGUGUCUUGGUCGUAGAGCGCUUGAUCCCUAAGCGUGCUCCCAAGAACCCCGACGCAAAGAUCCUCCUCCUCACUCACGGUCUUGGAUUUUCCAAAGAGUGCUUCAUUCCCAUCGUGGACGAGCUUUUGAGGACCAAGCCGAACGAGAUCGAAGAGGUCUGGAUGAUCGACACGCUCGGCCACGGCAUGUCAGCUGUGGUCAACCGACAGCUCGACGACCCCUCCCCGCUCGAAUCCACCGAUCGCUGCAUUGAUGGCAACGAUCUCGCUCGCGACAUUCUCCAAUUCAUCUGCUGCUUCAUGCCUUCGACACCAACCUCGACCCCCGUCGAGCCGUCGCGGACGCUCGAUUUCCACCUUCCUCGCUUGCCGAGGAAGAAGCUUGUUGGCAUCGGCCACUCUUUCGGCGGCGCUGCGUUGACGCAGGCCUCUUACCACUUUCCUGAUCUCUUCGACUCUGUGAUCGCUCUUGAGAGCAUCCUUGGCACCUUCGAGCAGGUUCCUCGCAUUCACGCGGUACCGCUGGCUCGGUACACGCUGCUGAAGAAGGACUGCUGGCAGUCGCGCGAGGAGGCUCGUGCCGAGGCCGACACCGACAAGCACAUGAGGUUGUGGCAUCCUUCUGUGAGGGAUGCUUUCGCAGCAGGUAUGCUCACCGAGUCGUUGAGCAACCCAGGCACCGUUGAACGCAGUGCGGACAAGGUGGCUGAGGCGCUCUCGAUUCGCGGCAACCGACCUGGUAUGCAGGUUUCGCAAUACCUUCAUUGCCUUCCUGCACGCCUUCCUGUCCUGUUCGUGUCGGCACACAAGCCUCUUCUGCUUCCACUCGAAGAGAUUUUCCACACGGCUCAGAGUAUUCCCAACCUUCAUUUUGAUGUGAUGACCGGCACUCACAACCUCCCACACGAGCGCCCCAUCGAGAUUGCUCACCGUAUCGUCCGCUUCUGGCGCGAGACGGACUACUCCACUCCCUUCCUCCGCGAAUGCAGGCUCUGA